CUAAAGGAUUUUGAUAAACCCUCCUUUAAGCCCUUUGGAGAACAACCAUGGCAAUGGCACGUCGUUUAGUUAGACCUUUAGGAGGAAUAGCCAAAAGGGUUUUGCUCCAGCAGCCAGUGAUGUUCAAUUUGUGUAGAAAUUACAUAUCAGAGAUGCGUAAAGAAGCAUUUGAAGAGAACAUUCUCAGACUCCUCCGCUACGAGAUUCGUUAUGAGCUUGAACGUUCUCCUCCCUCUCAGCCCAUCACGGAAUUUGAUUCAUUUAUCAUUGAUGAAAGGCCUGGAGAACAAUGGAUUAAAUUAAACAAGAAAUUUGGGGAGAAUGAAGAAAUUAGAGUUGAAGUUACCAUGUUUGAUGCAUCUGUUCCUGUUAAAAAAGGUGGUGAUGUGUCUGCAGCAGAUGACGUGCACCUUCACAUAACUAUGAUUGUGAAUGUUCUCAAAGGAGAAAGCAAUGAUGUGCUUGAGUUUGUUUGUUCUGCAUGGCCAAUCAGUGUUGAGAUUCGUAAAGUUUACACGCGUGGGCAGAAAGGCAUAGUGGAUCAACCUUAUGUUGGGCCUCCAUUUAAGGAAUUGGAUGAUGAACUGCAGAAUUCUCUUUAUGAUUUCCUGGAGACAAGGGGAAUAAACGAUGGACUUUGUGUAUUCUUACAUCAAUACAUGAAGAACAAAGAUAAACUUGAAUUUAUUCGCUGGAUGGAAAAGGCCAAAUCGUUCAUAGAGAGGAAAUAGAGAUAGUGUUUGCAUUUCUUCCGCCACUGUUGCCUUGCUAACUUGCUUGCGGACCAUGCUCUGGAUUCAUUAGUUGAGAAAAAUUAUACUUGCAGGUUUAGAAUGAGAAAGAAACACUUUUCAUCUCAAUUGGAAGUCUGCCAUGCUAGUUUUUUUGUCUUUUCAAGGUUCCUAGAAUUCUACCAUAUCAGACAAAUGAGCCUUACAGAGAAGACGGACAACAACAUUACUAAUUUAGUUGGUGUAUUAUGUGAAGUUCAAAAAUCAUGAUCCCAUUCUUCAAUUGACAAAGUUUGCACUGCAUCUUAGUAAAGUGUACACCUGGGCUUUGCCAUGUUAUAGGUUUCUCCUUUUACUCGACCUCUCUGGUAUUUACUUAACUUUUCAGACUGCUUUGUGUUGACCUCUUACACAGAGAUUUUUGGCUGGUGCUUAAAGAGCUGCCAAUAAUGUCAUAAUUUUUAGGAACAAUGUUAUUUUAUGUAUUUGUGAUCUACUUCAGUAGCAAGUAGCAAUUUAGCCAGUUCAA